CUCACUCUCAACGUCGACCGCAGCUCGUUGGCUUCAGGCGCAGCGUAGAGGCGUACCAAACGACGAUGCAGGAAGCGCUGGAGGCUCACGAGAUUGACGCCCUUGAUCAAGAGUACGGGCUCCUCCGCACGAACACGCUCCCCACCAAACUGCAGACGAUGCAGUUCUCCAAGAGGAUUGAUGCCGGCUCGGCAGAUAUCAACGAGCUCACCGCUCAGAUCGAGCAGGCGCAAGCGGCCGUGAACGAUCUCAUCCGCCGGCGUGAUAAACGCCAGGCGGAAGUCGACCUGCACCGCGCCGUGGUCGCCCCCGUCCGCAUACUUCCCACCGAGGUACUAUCCUACAUCUUCGAGCUCUGCAUGGAGGAACCACCCGUAAAGCCGGAUGCCAGCAAAGCCCCCCUCCUUCUCUGUGGCAUCUGCAGCCGGUGGCGCGAGGUCGCUCUCGGGACACCGACACUUUGGCACAACCUUCACAUAUCCGUUGCGGCCCUCCUCCGCGAUACGCCCGAGGACGCGGACCGCUUCUACUCCUCGCGCGUCAAGAUUGCGGAGACGUGGCUAGGGCGGGCGCGUACCAUGCCUCUGAAUCUCACGAUGGCUGUCACAAUCAAGGAGCGCCGAUUCUUCACCCGCCCGCGCUAUCGCGACUUCCCCCCAUUCCCCGUUGCCGCUUUCUUCCGCCCUCAUGCACGCACGCUGCGAUCACUCACCAUGGAACUACCCAAAUCGCAGUACUCCAGCUUAUGUGCGAUCGCGCCGAUACCGAUGCCCUCACUUGAGAGUUUGGUUAUAUCCAAGCACUCCCUCGUCUCGGCCGGCACAGACGAGUCCGAGCGCAUCGUCGUGUUCUCGGAGACGCCGCAGCUCCGCCGCCUUGAACUUCGCAGUAUGGGGCGCUUCACGCAAAGUCAGCUUGUCCUUGACUGGACAGAGUUGACCGAUGUGCGGUUGAACAACACCUACAUGCCUCGCGCCGCAUGCGUUGGCCUGCUUCGUGCAUGUCCUCAACUGGAAUACUGUGAACUCGGCACAUGCCUAUUUUUUCAGGACACCACACCCGAGGGCGGACCGACUGUGCUCUCAAAGCUACACACGCUGAAGAUAGUCAAUGACGAUGAUGACUUCUCGGCUCUGUUCCAGUUCAUCACGACGCCUGCCCUGCGAGAGCUCGACUUGCGCUCCUGGCCGACGUACGACCCAGGCGAUAUCGAGUUUAUCUGGGAGCAGCGGGAGUUCGAGGAGUUCUGCGCACGGUCCGAGCUCGCGCUAACGAGCCUGGCAAUUGGUUUCCCAUUGCGCGGAGAUGACUUGCUGGCCGUAUUGCGCGCGCAGCCCUCCCUCGAGACGCUCGAGCUGCGUACGGGCCUGCACCUCGACGGCUUCCUCGUCGGCGCCUUCAUCUGGGACCACGCGGAGAGCCAGCGGCAGCUCCUCCCACGCCUGCAGCGCCUGCACCUCUACGAGCUCGACCAGCAGACCGCGCACGUGUUCGGGCAGCAGAUCGUCGACGUUGUGGAGUCGCGCUUCCAGCGGCGGUGGUUUGCGCCCUCGACCACGCUCCUCGCCCUUCGGCUGCUCACCCCGACCGUCGUGCAGCAGAUGCACGAGGCCGAAGCGGGGAACCCCGAACUAGGCGCGCUGCUCGAGUCCGUGCGAAGGGGAAAUGCGACGGCGGAGCAGCGGCAGGCCCUUGCGCUGAUGUUCGCCGACCUCGUUCAAGCGAGCUCGCCGGAGCUGCUCGAGCAGGCGUUCGCGGAGGCGCCGGUCGCGUUGCAGGAAGCGCCCCCGCUGCCCGCGCAGCUAAAGGGCCUCACCCUCGCGACGUCGGCGCGGAGUUUGACGUUCGACGACGCGUUCGCGGCGAAGAUGGCGCAGUUCCGCGAGAUGGGGCUCGAGGUCGUGCUUGAUGUGACGCGCGACCCGCGACGAUACGAUGUGACGGUGCUUUGA